AUGCCUAACAGCAGCACAGCCCAGCUGAACCAUUCCUCCAGCGUGAUGCCGCCAAACACCUCAGAGGAGCUCAACAUCAUUCUCAUAGCCCUGUACAUCAUCAACCUGGCUGGCGGAACCCUCGGGGUCAUCAUGAUGUCCCACCAGUUGUUUCAAAGGAGACAGCAGUCUGUGAUGACCACUAUCAUCAUCAGCCUCCUGGUCCUGCACACCUUCAUGCUACUCAGCAUCCCCUUCCGCCUCAGCUACUACAUUUUAGGGGAAUGGAAAUUUGGGAGGUUUGCCUGCAAGCUGACAAGCGCUAUCAUCUACCUCCACAUGUACUCCACCUUCACGUUUUACGUGGCUAUCAUCUUAAUACGCCUCUUCCGACUGGAAUUUCGGAAGUGCUACACCGUAGCCUGGGUGACUGCUGUCUGGCUGGUGGGAAUGCUGGUGAUCACACCCAUCCUUCUUUCGUAUUAUGGCACCUCUAAGACAUACCACCCCUCCAAAUGCUUCCAGUUCCAAGCGGAGAUACAAGAGAUGCACAUGCUGAUCUUAAACUACUGCUUCAUUGGGAUUUUGGUGGCAGUUUGUGCUGUGCUCACUGUAAUCCAGCUGUCUGUGAUCUAUCGACUGGCUGUGAAGUACUGGCCUGACGUCAACUCCCAUGUGGAAUUCAGGGCUCAAGCAAAGAGCUUCUUCUUCAUCUUGGUAACCUUAGUGUGCUUUAUGCCUCAUCACGUAUUCAGAGUAUAUUACAUCCAAAACUACCACCUGGAUAAAGACCAUAAACUACUUCCAUACAAUGAAAUUUUUGUAGCUUUAACAACAAUGUGCUGCUUGGACAUGUUGUGUUUCAUAGCAGGGAUAGCCCACUGA